CUCUACACAGUGACAAGAAAACAGCUGAUAGUUUGACAUUUUGAAGAAGAAAAUAUUUUGUUUACGAAAUAAACAAGGUUUUGCGGAUACUAUAAAACAAUUUGGUGUGGUAAAAAAUGGCUUCAGCAUCUAGCAGCUCAGCACGUCACCUCUUCAGCGAUAGCAAGAAACGUCUUUGUGAUCGUGUUGGCGUUAAUGUAAACAAUUUGGGAUCCGUAGCGCGGCAGAUAGUGCGUGGCUCCAAGUCAAAUGAGAUUUUGGGUCAGAGCAUAAAAAACUUCACACAAGUGGACAUUGUAUCCGAUUAUAGUAGUCAGAAUUUGCAUAAAAUGCAGUUGAUAUUACAACAUGUUGAUUAUCAACAUGAAAUCAUGCUUGAUAGUGUAAAUCAUAUGGAUUACCUGAAGGACCAAGUGACGGCAAUGGAGAGAUGAUUAGAAGAGAGUGGCUGUAGAAAUUAAACAUGUGCUCGUGAAGCUUUCUACGCCAAUUUAUUCUAUACAAGUUUGUUUACAUAUGUUAUUUGAUUUAAAUCUAACUUCGAAAAGUAUGAUUUAAUUGUUGAAAAGUUUUUUGGUCGCCUGUGUGUG